GAAACAUUACUAAAGCAGUAAAAGAAAAAAAAAAAAAAAACCAAACAAAGAAACCUCUGUUUUGUAAUAUUGAUCAUGGCAAAGUUAUCAUUUUCGUAUUUCCUUGUACUCAUGCUUGUGUUCUCAGCAUCUUUAAUGGUUGAGAGAGCUGAGGGAAAGCGAUGUCAUUUGACGAUUGACACAGCAACUCCAUGUAGUCUUUCCGAUUGCCGUCUAAGCUGUUAUUCUGGCUACAAUGGAGUUGGCAAAUGUUUUGACGAUCCUAAAGUUGCUGGACCUUCUAACUGUGGUUGUCUCUACAAUUGUUAGAGCCACGACUGUGUCGGUCCUCAUGUUAUAAAUAUUCGAUUUCCUUAAUCGAUAUGAUCAAUAAAAACUAGAUCUCCAUCAUUCUUUAUGAUUGAAUGAUUCAAUUAGUACUGUGUGGAGAUUUCAUCAGUCACUUUAUUGUUUUUGUUCUAUUUUUCAUAAUGCAUGUUAUAUAUGUUCUAGUAUUAUUUUCAUUUAUAACUUACUUUUUUCACAAUAAAAGUCGAUAUAUUUUCCAA